AAAUCCUCAAGCUUGACUCCACGCUAACAGUUACCACUGAAUCAUUGCACGAUCUAACUAUACGUUUGUCCUCCUUCCUCACAACAUAGGCUAACCUCCUCACAUGGCGUACCUCGUGCCAGCCGUGUGGACUUUAUUGACCCACGUUUGCUGUGCCUCUGGAAAUCCCCAAUUGAUCCGCCGUUACCAUUGGAUGGAAGGAUUGCUUUCUGUGGAUAGGUUCCCCCUAUUGUUUGGAGGAUUUUUGCCUUUCUUUUUUUUUCUUUUUCUUUGAUCAAGGAUCGACCUCAAUUUGUGAUCUUUAUUCC